AUGACCUCCAAUAACGAUGCUUUCCUCUCCCUCAACAGCACAUCAGCACCAACAUUGCAAAUGCCCAACGGUAGCCUCAAAACGAAGGGCAUCGUAGUCUUCUCUGGUGGGAGUGCUGCCAACAAUCUCGUUGACGUUUUCAAGACGGUCAGGGAGGACAAAAAGUGCCCGCUAAGCUAUGUCAUCCCUAUCAGCGACAAUGGCGGAAGCUCGUCCGAACUCAUACGCGUCUUUGGUGGACCAGGCAUUGGUGACGUACGAAGCCGUCUUGUCCGUCUAAUCCCAGAUGACCCCGACAACGAUGAGAGCGAAAAGGCCGCGAUCAAGCUCUUUUUCAAUCAUCGAUUGCCCAAAGAACGCGUAGCCGCUCGACAAGAAUGGCUUCAGAUUGUCGAGGCCGAGCACGACCUCUGGACCAAUAUAUCGACAGCAAAGAAAGAAGUCAUUCGGUCCUUCCUCAACGUUGUUGCUUACGAGGUCAUUAAACGACGCAGACCAUCGUCUAGCUUUGACUAUUCUGGUGCCAGUAUUGGCAAUCUGUUUUUGACGGGAAGCGCCCGUCUAUUCAUGGGCUCGUUCGAAUCCGCUAUCUACAUACUCUCCAGCAUCUGCUCAGUACCCAGUCACACUUCAGUACUGCCUGCCAUCAAUACUAACUUCACCCACCACAUCUCCGUCGGUCUUGCAAAUGGUGAGGUCAUCACCGGGCAGAACUCGAUUUCUCACCCAUCCAUCUCAACAGCGCUCGAAACAGUAGGCGCACCUGACAUCGAUGAGACCGAACAACAUGAUCGAAUCGAGGACGCUAAUCUUCCUGGUUCGCUACCUACGCUUCGGAAGCAGUACAUUACAUUCUCCAAAGCUGACGAAGAAGAGCUGCCUGCGCGGAUCGAGCGAUUGUGGUACAUCAACCCCUACGGCCAGGAGAUCCGAAUCGCAGCCAAUCCCAUGGUACUGACUGCACUGUCUGAGGCACAGGCGGUCAUCUACAGUAUAGGCUCUCUGUACACUUCCCUCGUACCAUCUCUCGUCUUGAAAGGCGUGGGUGAAGCGGUCAGCAAUCCAGCAAUCCGUUACAAGAUUCUCAUACUUAACGCGACGAUUGAUCGCGAGACGGGACCAUCAUCUCAUCCUUAUUCUGCACUGGACUUUGUCGCAGCGAUCGCCAAGGCUGGCGAAGAAUCCAAGGGGAGCUUUGAUCCGGUCGAUAAGAGCAAGUACAAAAGCUAUGUAACACACGUCAUACAUCUCCAAGGGCCAGGCACGCCGGCAGUCGACAAGGACGAACUCAAAACAGUGGGUAUAGAGGCCAUCCGAGUGUAUGGGCGAAAGAAUGAAGGCGAGAACUUUGUGAGGUAUGAUGAGAGAGGCCUGAUCCAGGCACUUGAAGUCACAAUGGGUAAACGAGAUCACAGGAUGGCUAGUCGAAGGAACACACUGGAAGGACCAGUGAGGUGA